AUGGGCUCGUCGCAGAGAAUUCCCAGUCCAUUUAGGUCAACAAAAAAUUUCCCGUCCGGGUCGGGGUUAGUAUUUUGCCGUUUUUAGCCGUGACACUUCUAAAUGAAGCAUACAUGACGUAAAAACAACAAAACGGUCAAAGAGUACUGGAAACAAGUUUGAAAAAUAAAAAUGAUGGCCGAAACGCGGAGAAAUUUUUUUGGGCUUUCGAAGACGUUUUCUGGAAGUUUUCUUCGCGCUGGCUACCCCGCACGGGUUCAGGUCAAAUUCAAAGGAAAACAAAAAAACCCAGUUUUUAUCACAAUCCUUGGUUUAAAAGACUGUGGUGGUUUUAAAGGCAGACGAGAGGUGUCACGAUAUCAGGUGGUACCGUUCGCGAUUUCUGCAAACUUUGGUUGUAUAAAUCUUUCCUCAAAAGUCUACGCAGGUGAAAGUGAAAGUCCAUACAAAAAUGGCGAUGUUUCGGUUGGUUUUUAGCACGAAAGACCCAGUGAAAUCCGAUAAGCUGGCAUUAGUCGAAGGUAAGAUCUUGAAUUUGAUGUUUCUUGAUAGAAAUAUUCCGGUGCUACCCAUUGAGGUUUGGUUACGAGUAAUUUACAAUCAGAGACAAAAAACUCUCAAAGUCGCUUCAGUCUCAUUAUUCCGCUAUGUCGUGGCUCGAAUGUGGCUCUAGCCUGUUAAGUUCCCGAAUGUGACCGGGAAUUCUACGCGAUGCUCCAGUUUCUGUUGUUGUAGUAGAAAUUGUCAUGCAAAACAUCGAGGAACAAGCCCUAGCUACCUACACGCGAACUAUACCUCUUUGGUUACGUUACGUUGACGACACAUUCACCGCCGUACACAAAGACGGAAUCGACGAUUUUCACGAACACCUUAACAGACAGAACGCUGACAUACAGUUCACUAAGGAGAUCAAAGAAAAUGGUAAGAUACCUUUCCGAGACUGCUUGGUCACUCACGACAACAACAAACUACAAACGACUAUUUACAGAAAACUGACACAUACCGACCGAUUACUAGACCAGUCUUCGUACAACCCGACCUGUCACAAGGCUACUACUAUCCGGAUUUUGACUAGACGAGUGCAACUAGUUUGUGACUCACUCGACAGCCUACAAGACGAGACUGAUUAUCUUAACAACGUUUUUAGUAAGAACAAUUACAACACGGACUUUGUUUAUAGAUGGAACACUCACAGUAACAUUGAUUCCAACACUCAGACCAACAUCAAUUCUGGCCCUGUUACGACAGCUCUACUACACCGUACAUCAGAGGCACCUCUGAAACUAUCGCAC